ACUCUAAUUGUAAUUAUAGAAAAAAGCGAACGGAGAGAUAAAACGGAUUGUUGCGGAUGUGGAGCUUUGAAAUUUGUAGUAAAAUAGAUCCCAUCCAUUCAGUCAUUCAUGUAGACGGAGACGACAAUAGUGAGUGGUGUAUGUUUCAAGUUGGUUCAUCCGCGCCGAAUUUAAUUAAUUAUUAAACAAUAGAGAAACAGAAAAAGGAAAUAAAAGAUCAUCAAGCGAAAACGAAAAAUCAAAAAAGUAGUCAUUAUAAUCGAUGGAAUGAACGACACAAUUUUGGACGAAAUUCCUCAACCAAAGGAAACGGUUUGAAAAUCUAAUAUGAAUGAAACCAAUACAACCCAAGAGGUGCCACCUGAUUUGGAGCAAAAAAUAUGGGACUUUUUCGCUAUCAAGAAUUUCGUAGUUAUAGGACUAUACAUUCCAGUUUUAUUAGUAGCAGCAACUGCCAAUUUGCUGUUUAUUGCUAUUGUGAUUAAGCACAGAUACAUGAGACGAGCCAGUACUUAUUUGUUAAUCAAUUUGUCAAUAGCUGAUUUAUUGAUAACAUUGUUUGCUAUGCCAAACGCAAUGUGGAGUGCAUACACCCCACUGUAUUCCCUUGGAAAGGUCGGAUGUAAACUACUGACGUAUAUACAAUGUGUAUCAGUAUCAACUAGCAUAUUAACCAUUACAGCAAUGUCUCUGCACCGAUAUUUUGCUAUUACCAAACCGUUAUUUGGAUUGAUAUACCCUUCUUUUAACCGAUGCAGUACAGCUAUAGUUAUCAUUUUUUUAUGGAUUCUUUCCAUGGCAAUUUUUUCACCAUUAUUAUGGGUCAAUCAACUAGAAGAGGACGUUCUUCCUAUGCCGGGGAAUGCCAUAACGUUAUAUUAUUGUAAGGAAAAUUGGAAAGAUUUCAUCAUUUCACGCAACGUGAUGGGAAUUUUCUGGUUCGUUUUCGUUUUCCUCAUACCAGGGUUGAUCAUGUUGUUUGCCUAUUUUACAAUGGGUAAAGUUCUUUGCUGUGGUACACAAUUUUAUGAAGAUUCCACUUCUUCGUAUCAGAGAGAAAGACUAAUACGAACAAGAAAAAAGGUAGCUUGUAUUCUUCUUUUACUGGCUCUAAUUUUUGCAAUAUGCUGGAUGCCGCAUCAUAUUGCAAAUCUACUUAAUGAUACAGACGUCCAAGAAGGUGAUACAAACGACACGGAUUCUGAUGAUAAUGAAGUUCAAAAUCAGCUAAUAAAACUAAAGGACAUGAAACGAUAUUUACUUCUUCUUGGUCAUCUAAAUUCUGCUUUGAAUCCCAUAGUGUAUGUGGCAUUAUCAAAAAAAUUCAGAAAAUCAAUACAGGAGUUAUUCCGAAGAGGAACAUGUGAAGCUCAAAAAGAUCUCACUCGGGUUACUCUCAUGAAACUUAAUACACUUCGUAACCCUUACGACUCUAGAUCGACAACAACUCACGCUAAAAAGAGGUCCUCGACGUUGGAAGAAAGAGAUGGAAGCAAUGGUAAUGGUACUGCUCAUUAAAAACAUGUACAAAAUUUAUGUUAAUAUUUUGUGAUUAUAGUAUAAGUAUUUAUUGUAUAUGUAAGAUUGUAAUAUAAGAUAUACCUAAAGCGUCCUAAAGUAUU